AUGAUCCGAGCUGAUGCCGAAGAGGACCGAGAGGCUACCGUGGCAAGAUUCCUUGUUGGUUUAAAUCAAAACAUUGCCAAUAUAGUGGAGUUACAACAUUACGUUGAGAUCAUUGACAUGGUGCACAUGGUGAUUAAGGUGGAAAAGCAACUCAAAAGAAAAGGUGCCAUCCGAUCUUUUUCUAACUUUAGUUCUGUCUCAAAGUGGAGACAAUAUGCCAGCAAGAAGGAAGCUUCCUUUCGAAAUAAGGAAACUGUUGGAGUUGCAAAGCCUAACAACAUGAUGAUUCUAAGGGACGAUAGGGAGAUUGAGUCUGAAAUAGAACAAGAAGAAGAGCCCGAUGCAUCUAUUGAUGAAGAGGAAGACUUAGAGUAUGCUGUAGAAGGAGAAGCAUUAGUCAUCAAGCGGAGUUUGAGCCUGGAAAGCAAGGAAAAUGAGCAGCAGCGUGAUAACAUUUUUCACAAGCGAUGUGAUGUCCAAGGUAAGGUUUGUAGCGUAAUAAUCGAUGAAGGCAGCUACACGAACGUUGCUAGCAGUGUGAUGGUGGAAAAACUUGGCCUAACAACCACCAAACAUUCGCAUCCUUCCAAGCUACAAUGGCUCAAUGAUGGAGGAGAACUUAAAGUUUCCAAGCAAGCUCUUGUUGCCUUCUCCAUUGGCAAAUAUAGUGAUGAAGUUGUGUGCGAUGUGCUGCCAAUGCACGCUAGCCAUUUACUGUUGGGAAGACCAUGGAAAUUCGAUCGGAAUUUGAAGAUUUGGUUUACCACCUAUUUGAGGAAUCGAGCAUCAAAUCAAUUUGUUCCAAGAGUCACAAUUCCAAACCGACCAGCCUAUCGAAGUAACCCUAAAGAAACUAAGAAACUACAAAGGCAAGUGACCGAAUUGUUGGAAAAGAGUACCUUGGUUGCUCCUUUGACUGGGAUUAUUAAGAAAAACGUUAAUUUUCAAUGGGGUGAGGAACAAAAGAAGGCCUUCAUGUUGAUUAAAGAUUAUUUGACGAAUGCUCCUCUAUUAUCUUUACCUGAUUUUAACAAAACUUUCGAUAUUGAAUAUGAUGCCUUAGAAAUAGGAAUUGGAGCUGUGUUAACUCAAAAUGGGCAUUCCAUAGCCUAUUUAAGUGAGAAACUUAAUGGAGCCACCCUCAACUAUCCAACAUAUGAUAAGGAAAUGUAUGCACUGAUUCGAGCGUUGGAAACAUGA